GUACAAAAAUUUUGUUUCAUUUUGAGCAAAUUUUGACGUAUAAUACUUACAUACUUGUUUUGCUAACCGCCGUCUUUCGUUGAUCUCAUUUUUUUUUACACUAGACACACCUGCAAUACCCUCGAUGUUGCGUGUUCGUUUGCCAUUUGUACAUGUAUUGUAUAAAAAUCUCAAAAUAUCCUUAUUUAUUAAAUAGACGUUGUGGAGGAUCCGAAUAUACAUAAUAACAUUCAUAUACUUAAAACAUUUCUCUCUUUGGUAGUCACGGAAGGUAAAAUAGAAGGAUAUUAAAGUCACAUAAUACUGAUACAAGAUAUUGAAAUGAGGUAAUCAAAUUUUCAUUUGUCAUAUUUUAAUGGUAUUUAUUUAGGGACAUUACAUGUUGUCAUAUUUACUAACAAUUAUACCUUUAACAUAUAAAUACCCAAAUCUGUGUAGUAAGCGACAACUGUAACGAAAGUUUAGAAUGAAAAUAGAGCUAUGAUUUUUAUUAUAUUACUUUUUACAAUUAAUGUAACAAUAAUACAUUCUACAUCAAUAAUGUACUUUCAAGGAGAAACAGAUUACGAAGAAUUGAAAACAUGUAUAGUAAAAAUAAUUGUAACACAACUAAAAAAAGGCACUGAAUUAACUGUGAUAAGUAAUGCUGAAGAUUUGUUAUCUGAUAUCCAUAAUUCCACUCAUGUAAAGUUAAGUUUUCGUAGUCCAGAUAUUCAUGGUAAAAACUAUUCUUACAUAGAAGUAUAUUUAAUCUCAGCUAACGAUGCUAAUGAUUUGGAUUAUACAAUAAAUACACUAAAGCUGGAAUGGAGUUGGAACCCUAAAGCUAAGUUCAUAAUAACAUUGAGGUGCCAAGCAGAUAUGGAAGAAUUGAGAGCUGUUUUUAAAUUGUUGCUAAUUUCUAACAUAUUAAAUAUUUUGCUUGUUACUAGAGUUGAAAGUAAAUAUUUUGUUUAUACAUACUUUCCUUAUGGAGAAGGCAAUUGUGGACGUAAUUAUGAAAAUAUUACAAAAUGUUGUGAGUGUAAUGAACUCAGAAGUGAUUUUAAUAUUUUUCCUGACGAUACCUCAAGAACAUUGAAGAAUUGUACAUUGCGCGUACUUACACAUCAUGAUCCUCCAUUUGCAAUAAUUUCAGAGACGGAAAAAAGAACAGUUAUUGGUUAUGAGCAACGAGUUAUGGAUUUAUUAGCAGAAAGCGAGAAGUUCCGCAUAUCGUAUACCUAUGAUCAUAGACUUGAUAGAUUUGGAUACGUACUCCCGAAUAAUUUUUCAGCAACCCAACUUUUAGAAUCAAUACAGAGUAAAGAAGUUGACGUAGUUAUGGGUGGUUUUGUCUUAAUUAGAAAUCGAAUAUAUUUGUGUGAUUUUAUUUGGACAUAUUUUGGAUCUAGUGAUAAUUAUUUAAAAGGUUUUUCAUCACAGCGAGAAUAUAUUGGCAGAUGGAGAAUAAUUUAUGACAGCUUUGAUGAAGAUACCUUCAUAUCAUUGCUAGUUGUACUAUUUACUAAUAGGAGAAGAGCUAAAUUAUGGUGCGAAAGUUGUAUUAUAUGUUUGGGGUUCAAUGUUUGGAAAUAUAUCGCCAUAUUUUCAAAAAUUUAUUCAAAUGAAACGAUAUUUGUUAUUGUGGAUUGGGUUUGUAUUUUUGAUCAAUAAUUUCUAUCAAACAUCAUUAAUUAGUCUAGCAACAAAACCCAGUGUACGUCCUGGAAUUGAAAGUGCUGACAUAUUGUUAAAGUUAGGAUACCGUCCUUGUAUGUCCAAUUCUUCAAGGUUGUUGU